CUACUUUCUCUUUAAAUGCAAAUCACCUCCAGCCAGCUUAGCUCACACCAGCUCUAGUUCCCGGCUGUGAAGAGGGAGAUUACAAAGAAGCACCGUUCCCCUACUCCAGACCCCAAGCCUUCAGGAGUGAAGCGACAGCUUUUUGACAGCAUCUUGGACCCUGACCCCAUGGAGAGGCCCCAGCAGACCAGGUGCCUAGGCGAUAGGGCUGCAUGAGAGCAAGGCUAAGCUGUUGGAGACGUCCGUGGAGAGCCAGCCCCAGAGACUCUCACUGGAAGAGGCUAGAAGCUGUCCCAGGGACCUUCUAGGCACCCCUGGUCUUUGCAGUUGAAGUGGAAGAGAAAUGCCGGUAUCUAAGGGAGAGCGGGGCCUCCUUAAGACACCCGAUCCUCAGUUGGCUCUCCUAGUCACGGCCACCUCUCCAGCCCCAGGCUGUAGGCUGCAGCGACAGGAAAACAGCAAGAUGGGUCCACUCCAGCCCUCUCAGGCCUGAGGUCCAAUCAAGCACCCAAUGGAUGACAAAAAGAAGAAGAGGAGUCCUAAGCCCUGCCUGGCCCAACCAGCACAGGCCUCAGGCACACUGCGGAGAGUUCCUGUGCCCACCAGCCACAGUGGCUCCUUAGCCCUGGGACUCCCUCAUCUGCCAUCACCCAAGCAGCGAACCAAGUUCAAGAGAGUAGGCAAGGAGAAAUGCCGCCCGGUGCUGGCUGGAGGUGGGGGCGGCUCUGCAGGCACGCCCCUGCAGCACUCCUUCCUGACUGAAGUGACCGAUGUCUACGAGAUGGAGGGGGGGCUGCUGAACCUGCUCAAUGACUUUCAUUCAGGUCGCUUGCAGGCCUUUGGGAAGGAAUGCUCCUUCGAGCAGCUGGAGCACGUGCGGGAGAUGCAGGAAAAGUUGGCCAGACUGCACUUCAGCCUGGACGUGUGUGGGGAGGAGGAGGACGAGGAAGAGGAAGACGAUGGGGUCACAGAGGGCUUGCCUGAGGAGCAGAAGAAGACAAUGGCUGACCGAAACCUGGACCAGCUGCUUAGCAAUCUAGAAGAUCUUAGCAAUUCCAUACAGAAGCUGCACUUGGCAGAGAACGCUGAGCCUGAGGAGCAGCCAGCGUCGUAGGUGUUGGACCCAGGCCUAGCUGCUUCUCUCCUUCCCUUCAAACUGUGACUUUUUACGAACUCGGGAGGGUUCCGCAGCCCCCCAGGUGCUAUGAGGUGGAGAGCACUGGAUGGAAUUAAACGGAAAAGCCGC